CAGUAACAGUAUAUAAACAUAGAAUCGCAAGUUUGCCCAAAAAUAAAUUUGAUCAUAAUAUUUUGCUGAAAAUACAUAUAGCUUAAAUUUAUUGAUUUCUACCAAAAGUUAUUUUUGGAGAACACCGCAACCGACCUGACGUUUUUAAGGUCAUUGCCAAAACGUGCCUCUCCUUCUUGCGUCCUACGUUUAUGUGAAUGUAGCUGUGUAUUGUGUCUGCUUGUUCCGGUUUGUUUAUGUAUAGUUACGGUUUUUGAAGUUUCUGGAUAUGAUAACAAAUUUAAACUGCUUCCAAGAUUUUUAUAAGACAAUUUUCUCCAAUAAUAUCACAUUAAGGGGCUGAAACAAAGACGGUUUUUAAAAAGAAAGCUACAAGCUGGCACGUUUCAAAGUAUAUUUUCGCAGAUUAAGGACUAGAAUCUGAAAAGCUCGUUGAAAAGACUUGGAUUAUUUAUAAAAAAUUUUAUUGAACACAAUGGCUAUGUCGUCUGCACUUAAAAUUGGAACGUUUAGUGCUUUGUUGCAUAGAAAAUCUCUUUUGCUUUUACGAAAAGGCUCAUUAUCAGAUGUUAAUAACAUUAGAACAUAUUUGACCAAAACAUCCAAAGAACCGUUUUUAAAUGGCAGUUCUUCAAUUUAUGUCGAAGAAAUGUACAAAGCAUGGUUGAAAGAUCCUGAAAGUGUUCAUAAGUCUUGGGAUGCCUUUUUCCGAAGUACUUCUGAAGGUUUUGAGCCUGGUGAUGCUUACCAGAGCCCUCCUCUUGCACCUGUCCAGUACGUCCAAAUUCCUCUUGAUCAUCUGCAAGGUUCCGGUGUAACUUCGUUGGUGCCAUCCGGUGGUACACCCCAGUAUGUCGAGCCAAGAGGCAUUGAGGACCAUCUCUCUGUCCAAGCUAUUAUUAGAUCCUAUCAAGUGCGUGGACAUUUAGUUUCAAAAUUAGAUCCUCUUGGCAUUACUUCUGCAAAUAUUCAUAAUGCUUUUUCUGAAGGAUCUCCAAGCUCUCCUCAAGUAGUCUUAAGAAAUCAUCAGUUAGAGGAAAAGGACAUGGAUAGACUUUUCAAAUUACCUGGCAGUACUUUUAUUGGUGGAGAUGAAAAUGUGCUGUCAUUGAGAGAAAUUCUGAAGCGACUUGAGGAUGUUUAUUGCGGUCCUAUUGGAAUUGAAUAUAUGUUCAUCAAUAGUCAAGAACAGUGCACAUGGAUCAGGAAAAAAUUCGAAACUCCUGGUGUGUUAAAUUUUACCAAAGAACAGAAAAGACUUCUAAUGGCUCGACUGAUUCGUUCUACUAAAUUUGAAGAAUUUUUAGCAAGAAAAUGGGUGUCUGAAAAGCGUUUUGGUUUGGAAGGCUGUGAAGUGUUGAUUCCUGCCAUGAAAACUGUUAUCGAUCGUGCAAGUGAACUUGGAAUUGAAAGCAUUGUAAUUGGAAUGCCUCAUAGAGGACGUUUAAAUGUUUUAGCUAAUGUUUGUCGAAAGCCUUUGGAACAGAUAUUUGCACAGUUUAGUGGUCUAGAACCUGCUGAUGAGGGUUCUGGUGAUGUGAAAUACCAUUUAGGCAUGUGCCACGAGCGACUAAAUCGUGUGACAAACAAAAAUAUUAAAUUGGCCGUUGUUGCAAAUCCAUCUCAUCUUGAAGCCUGUGAUCCUGUUGUGCAAGGAAAGACAAGGGCUGAACAGUUUUACAGAGGUGAUACUCAAGGGAAAAAGGUUAUGAGUAUUUUAUUGCAUGGAGAUGCUGCAUUUUCAGGACAAGGAGUUGUUUAUGAAACUUUUCAUUUGAGUGAUCUUCCAGAUUAUUCCACACAUGGGACUAUUCAUAUUGUAGUGAAUAAUCAGAUAGGUUUUACUACUGACCCUCGUAGGUCUCGUUCUUCGCCGUACUGUACUGAUGUUGCUCGAGUCGUCAAUGCACCCAUUUUUCACGUUAAUGCAGAUAAUCCUGAAGCAGUAGUUCAUGUUUCCAAUGUAGCUGCUGAAUAUAGAGCAAAAUUUGGAAAAGAUGUUGUUGUAGAUUUGGUUUGUUACCGUAGGAAUGGCCACAAUGAAAUUGAUGAGCCUAUGUUUACUCAGCCCCUCAUGUAUACAAAGAUACGGAAAACUUUACCUGUAUUAGAAUUAUACAGUCGACAUCUAGUUGAAGAAGGAAUGGUUACAGAGAAAGAAAUUGUGGAAGAAGAAGCUAGGUAUGAUGCAAUUUUGCAAGAAGCUUACACUAAUGCAGAGAAAGAUACUAGAAUGUACAAUAUGGAUUGGCUAGAUUCCCCAUGGAAAGGUUUCUUUGGCACAAAGAGUCCACAUAAAUGUGACCCAACUGGUGUAGCAGAAGAUAUAUUGCAGCAUAUUGGAGUUGCAUUUAGCUCUGCACCUCCUGGAAAUUUCAAAACUCAUCCUGCAAUGAAAAGAAUCCUCAAAGCUCGAAUGGAAAUGGUUGAUAAUCGAGUAGUGGAUUGGGCUUUAGCUGAAGCUUUGGCUUUUGGUUCUCUGUUAAAAGAUGGGAUUCAUGUUCGACUCAGCGGUCAAGAUGUUGAACGCGGAACUUUCAGCCACCGCCAUCAUGUUCUUCAUCAUCAAACUAUAGAUAAAACAACUUACAGACCCUUGUGUCAUUUAUGGCCAGAUCAAGCCCCUUAUACUGUUUGCAAUAGUUCUCUUUCGGAGUAUGCUGUAUUAGGUUUUGAACUUGGUUUUUCAAUGACCAAUCCUAAUGCUCUUGUCAUAUGGGAAGCACAGUUUGGUGAUUUUAUGAACACAGCUCAGUGUAUUAUUGAUCAGUUCAUUAGCAGUGGACAAGCUAAAUGGGUCAGACAGAGUGGAAUAGUGUUGUUAUUGCCACAUGGAAUGGAAGGAAUGGGGCCUGAACAUUCUAGUGCCAGACCAGAGAGGUUUUUGCAACUUUGCAAUGAAGAAAUGGAAGUUUUUCCUACUAUUGAUGAAGAUUUUGCUGUCAGACAAUUACACGAUUGCAAUAUGAUUGUUGUCAACUGCAGUACACCAGCAAAUUACUUUCAUGCAUUGCGUCAACAGAUAGUAUUGCCCUUCCGUAAACCUCUCAUAGUUUUUAGCCCUAAAUCUUUGCUUCGUCAUCCAGAUGCAAGAUCGUCAUUUGAUGAAAUGACAAGUGGAACAUCAUUUAAGCGUCUCAUUCCUGAUGAUGGCCCUGUUAAUGAAAACCCUUCAAAUGUUGAAAGGGUUAUUUUCUGCACUGGAAAAUUGUACUAUGAACUUUUGAAAAAGAGAAAAGAGUGUAAUCUAGAUUCUACUGCUGCAAUUGUUAGGAUUGAACAGCUGUGCCCUUUUCCAUUUGAUCUUGCAAGACAAACGGUUGAAAAAUACCCCAAUGCAAAAUUGCUUUGGGCUCAAGAAGAACAUAAAAAUCAAGGUUAUUGGUGUUAUAUUCAGCCCCAUAUGGAAACUGUUACUAAUCAUGAACGUCAUAUUAGCUAUGCAGGCCGUGCAGUAUCUGCUUCAACUGCUACUGGAAGCAAGCAAGCUCAUAAGAAGGAGCAAGAAAAAGUGCUAAGUGUUGCCUUGGGUCUAUGAAAGAAAUGUGCUGUGAUAUUGGACUGGCAAUUAAAAUUAAAACUUGUACUUUAUAUACCAAUUAUAAGCAGAAAUAGUGCAAUUAGUAAUUUACAUUAUUUUGAAACUCAUUUUGCUUCAUUCAAGGCAUAAUAAAGUUCAGUUUUUUGGUU